AUGAAUGAGUUCAUCGUUCAGGAUGAUCAAGAACUAUAUCAAGAAGCCUUGAUUCCACCCGAGAAUUUUAAUAUGGUGUGCCAGCAUGUCUAUCGAAGUUCCUUUCCCAAGAAGAAGCACUUUUGUUUUCUCAAAAAGCUACAACUCAAGAGUGUCUUAACCUUGAUUCUUGAAGACUACCCAGAACAAAAUAUGAAAUUUUUAGAAGAGGAGGGCAUAAAGUUUCUUCAGUUUGGUAUAGCUGGUAACAAGGAACCCUUUGUUCAAAUCCCAGACGAUAAGAUCAGUGCUGCAUUAGCAGCAAUAUUAGACAAGCGAAAUCAUCCAAUGCUGGUCCAUUGUAACAAGGGAAAGCAUCGAACUGGGUGCUUAAUAGGCUGUCUACGUAAAGUCCAGAACUGGAGUCAUACAUCAAUCUUUGAUGAAUACAGGAGGUUUUCUCAUCCAAAGUCCCGAUCUAUGGAUCAGCAAUUUAUUGAACUGUAUGACUCAAAUCAAGUCUGGCCCUUGGUAGAUAGGCGAUACUUACCGCGUUGGCCAACAUUAGGUAAGCCAUCUUAG